AUGUCGGACCCUCUCCAGAUUGCCGGGAAGAGAAAGAGAGCCAGGACGCAGUCUUGCCCGCCUCCCGAACUCCCGCAGCUCGUCGCAGAGCAGCAUGUGCCCAUCCCCGUCCACGACAAGGAGACUCAGCGUCUGAUCGUCGUCCUCUCCCAUGCCAGUCUGGAAACCUACCGGGCUUCCAGCGGGCGCAACGGAUCGGGACGCGACGAGAAGUACUCCCUGCUCAACAGCGAUGAGCACAUCGGUGUCAUGCGCAAGAUGAACCGGGACAUCAGCGAGGCUCGUCCCGAUAUCACACAUCAGUGCCUUCUCACCCUGCUUGACUCCCCCGUCAACAAGGCCGGCAAGUUGCAAAUCUUCAUCCACACCGCCAAGGGAGUCUUGAUCGAGGUGAACCCCACCGUCCGCAUUCCCCGUACCUUCAAGCGGUUCGCGGGUCUGAUGGUCCAGCUCCUCCACCGCCUCUCCAUCCGGUCCACCAACUCCCAGGAGAAGCUCCUGAAGGUCAUCAAGAACCCCAUCACCGACCACCUGCCCCCCAACUGCCGGAAGGUGACCCUCAGUUUCGAGGCCCCGGUGGUGCGCACCCGGGACUACAUCGAGUCGCUGGGCCCCAAGGAGAGCUGCUGCAUCUUCGUCGGCGCCAUGGCCAAGGGUCACGAUGACUUUGCCGACUCCUUCAAGGACGACACGAUCAGUAUCAGCAACUACAGUCUGAGUGCCAGUGUCGCGUGCAGCAAGUUCUGCCAUGCCGCGGAGGAGGUCUGGGACAUCGUAUGA